AUGGCUGUUGACUCCUGCAAAGUAAUUCAGACUACCAACAUGGCUGCUCGUUACCAUUCUCCAGAAGCUGUUUCCCUUCGUUCCACCUUCAAAGUUCUUCGCACUGAUUAUAUAAAAAAGUACUUCUACAGCCAUCAUGACCCGCUACUCGACGAACUCCUCUACCGUGAUUCAGUCCGUGGUAAUCGUGAUCCGAGAACACGGACACCUGAAGUGAACUCGAAAACACCAGCAGGAAUACUCUUGAAGAGAAUGAGACGGCAGAUCAAGGCAGUUUGUAUUCUCGCUGAGAUGGUUCACGAUGGUCCUCCGGCCAAUGAGAGUGAAGCUGCGCUGCUAUCGAGAGCAAUUGAGAUGCUCACUGAACUUGGCAAUACAGUUAAACUAAUACCUGGGUUUCCUGAUUGCCAAGCUGACAGCAACUGA